CUCUCCCUUUCCCCUUCGUUGCCCUCCACCACGAAAACCCUAGAUCGACAUCUCUCCGCGCUCCGAUCCGAAGCAGUGAUCCUUAAUGGAAAUCCAAUCGAAUCGGCCCCUUGCCAUCCCUAGCUGGGUGCUUAUGGACCAGAUCUUUCUCUACGAUGACCCCGGCUCCUUCCGCAUUGACGACGAGGCAUCUGCGGUGGCAGAGGAUACCAAUGGCGAGCCCGUCCGCGUCUCCUUCAAUCUCCACUCGCCGCCGGGGUCAUCCAACCUCUGCAUAUACGGCCCGGCGGAGCGGAAACCCUCCUUUUGGGAUACCGUUGUGGCAGCCCACGACAACACCGUCCUCUUCCGCAUCGAGGUCCACUUCGACGGGCUUCCUUUCACUCAUCUCUACGCCAUGGACUACUUCAUCUACAGAGCUUUCUCCUCCUCCGCCCCCAAGCUCUCUCUGCUCCCGCGCUGCUACUCUACCUACGAUGAGAUCAUGGAGGGUGGGGGGGUGGAUGCUUCCUGGAGAGGCAAGUGGCGCAUGGUGGACAGUAAUUCCAUCGGCCUCUUGCUUGCUGGUGAAGAAGACAUCGUGGUGGCGGAGCUCAAGAUCGACUGCUGGACCGCCGCUUACAACCAAGCGGCGCCGCUGGAAGCCGAGCUCUUCAGGAUACGUUCCUCGUCGAACGGUGGUGGCCAGUGGGAGCUAACGCCGACUGCGAGCCGUGAUGGCAAGGUCCGCUUCCAGGACAUUCUCGGGUGGGAAACUCACAAAGUUGUCCCUUUCACUACCUACUUGUGCUGGGCUGAUUACAACCGAGGAGUUCUGUUUUGCAAUGUCUGCAACAAGGUCCCUGACCUCCAGUACCUUCAGUUUCCUGGCAACGUGCCUUCAAUAGGAUCUCCAAAGUUGUUCAGGACUGUAUGUGUCACUGACAGUGGCAAAACCAUGAAGUUUGUCAAUGUUGUCCGCAGCCGCCGGGAUGGCAUAUUGUCAUGCCCCAACUGUAAGCGCCCAUGUGACAACUGUAGGCAGUGCUCUGGUUUCACCAUCAGUUUCUGGACACUGAAGGUGAAAAACAAUGAUAUGGAUUGGGUGGACGAAGUUGUAAUCAGAGCUGAUGAUCUCUGGGCAAUGGAGGGUUAUGAUGAUGAGCUCCCAGAUUUUGUGCCACAAUUCCCACUUGUGAGCAUGGAAGACCCCCAUAUUCUCUACUUCGUGUUGUCCAACUUGCCCUGUCCGCAUGGCCAGGAGAAGACAUGGAUAGUCACACUUGACAUGGUAAACAAGAAGAUCCUUCGCUAUGAUGAUGACAAAGCUCUCCCAUCGGACAAUAUCUUUAAUGGCAUUGGCUUCUUUCCUAGCAACUUCUCGAACUACCUGACCAUGCACUCCCAAGGUGAUGUAUAAGAUUCAUUUUAAGUAUUUUGCUAAUUCAUAUAAGCUUCUAUGUUGGUGUUUCUUUCACACCUUCUACCUGGCUGGUGAUAUUUGUUAUGGAACUUGGUCCACAACGGGGUAAAUUGGGUAUGGUAAAGGUUCGAAAGUCCAAGAUAGGGCACUCGCACUCAACAAUCUGGUGGCAGGGCUCGUCUGUUAUGUGAUUAGAGAGGCUAUGAGGCUUUGGGAAACUUAUGAUUAUUGAUCGAUUGCUUAAAACUGUUAUGUGGCUAGUCCUUUAUAUAUGGCAGCUAACUUGAUCCUUCA